GAGCGAGCGAGCGCGGGAGAGAGAGUGAGAGUGAGAGAGAGACGCCGCCGCACACUGGCAAAGGGAUCCUUAGCUGAACCGCGUACACCAGCCGGGUCUUUUACGCAAACAAGAAGGGAAUAAGAGAGCUACAACGACAUGAAUGACUGAACGAAUGAAUGAAUGAAUGAAUGGACUGGCGAGCGAAUAAAUGAAUGAGGCUGCGUCGCGGCGUGAACUGGAAUACGGACCUCAUGCGACAGAGCCGCGAUCCAGAAAGGCUCCCUGUGGAUUUUUAAUAAACCCAGAAGAGAAGAGAAGGCAACGAGCACCAUGUGAAGUUCCUCUCAGCGGCUCGUGAAGAAGCCUUUGCCGAGACAUCUCUCUCUCUCUCUCGCUCUCUCUCUCUCUUUCUCUCACUGACGAUGACUUUACGAAGGACUUCCCUCUGGGCACACCGGGUGGCAUUCCUCCUGACAGUGCUCCUCCCCCCCGAGGUCUCGUGGUGCCAGAGUUUUGGCACUUUCCAUGCCGAGAACCGCGACUGGACGUUCAACCACCUGACAGUGCACCAGAAGACGGGCAUGCUCUACAUUGGCGCUGUUAACCGGGUCUACAAGCUUUCGGGCAACCUGACGCUGCUGGUUUCCCACAACACAGGUCCCGAGGAGGACAACAAGUCCUGCUACCCGCCCCUCAUCGUCCAGCCGUGCAACGAGCCCCUGACCCUCACCAACAAUGUCAACAAGCUGCUGCUCAUCGACUACUCGCAGACCCGGCUGCUGGCCUGCGGCAGCCUGUAUCAGGGGGUGUGCAAACUGCUGCGUCUCGACGACCUCUUCAUCCUGGUGGAGCCCUCGCACAAGAAGGAGCACUACCUGUCGAGUGUCAACGAAACCGGCACCAUGUACGGCGUGAUCGUGCCCUCACAGGGCGAGGACGGCACGCUCUUCAUCGGGACCGCCGUGGACGGCAAGCAGGACUACUUCCCCACCAUCUCUAGCCGCAAGCUGCCCAAAGACCCCGAGUCAUCUGCCAUGCUGGACUAUGAGCUUCACACUGACUUUGUCUCCUCGCUGAUUAAGAUUCCGUCUGACACUCUGACCCUCGUCUCCCACUUUGACAUUUUCUAUGUUUACGGUUUCGCCAGUGGGAACUUUGUCUACUUCCUCACCGUGCAGCCAGAAACCCCUCUGGGCCUGAACUCGGGGGCUCACGGCACUGACCUCUUCUAUACCUCGCGCAUCGUGCGCCUCUGUAAGGAUGACAACAAGUUCCACUCCUAUGUCUCCCUUCCUAUUGGCUGCACACGCCACGGGGUGGAGUACCGGCUGCUGCAGGCCGCCUACCGGUCCAAGCCUGGGGAGGUACUGGCCGCGGCACUCAACAUCAGCGCCCAGGACGACGUGCUCUUCGCCGUCUUCUCCAAGGGCCAGAAGCAGUACCACCACCCGCCCGAUGACUCGGCCCUCUGUGUCUUCACCAUCCGGGACAUCAAUGCCCGCAUCAGGGAACGCCUGCAGUCCUGCUACCAGGGAGAGGGCAACCUGGAGCUCAACUGGCUGCUGGGCAAAGACGUCCAGUGCACCAAGGCUCCUGUACCAAUAGAUGACAACUUCUGUGGCCUGGACAUCAAUCAGCCCCUUGGGGGCUCCCAGCUGGUGGAGGGGCUCACCCUGUACACAGAGGUGCGGGACCGCAUGACCUCAGUGGCCUCUUACGUUUACAACAGAUACUGCGUGGCAUUUGUGGGCACCAAGAGUGGCAGACUCAAGAAGAUCCGAGUAGAUGGGCCACCUCAUGGAGGGGUCCAGUACGAGACCAUCUCCGCCAUUCGAGACGGGAGCCCCAUCCUUCGUGACAUGGCUUUUUCAGUGGACGGGAACUACUUGUACGUCAUGUCUGAGCGACAGGUAUCUCAAGUCCCAAUUGAGUCCUGCGACCAGUACACCACCUGCAGGGAAUGUUUGACCUCUGGGGAUCCCCACUGUGGCUGGUGUGUGCUUCAUAACAUGUGUUCCCGGAGGGACAGGUGCCAGCGGGCAGAGGAGCCUUUCCGAUUUGCUGCCACCAUUGAUCAGUGUGUGAGGGUCGUAGUGCAGCCGGACAGCAUUUCUGUCUCCGAACACAGUGAGCUGCUGAUGGUGAGAGUGAGCGAUGUUCCAGAUCUCUCCCCUGGCGUCACCUGCUCAUUUGGCAACCUGACGGAAGUGGAAGGCCAGGUGUCAGGGAACCAGAUCCUCUGCCUCUCUCCGGCACCUAAAGAUGUGCCAAAUAUACCAACUGAUCAAGACUGGUUUGGUGUGGAACUGCGGCUGAAUUCCAGAGAGACGGGGCAGAUGUUUGCCAGCACUGAAUUCCGGUUCUACAAUUGCAGCGUCCACCAGCUGUGUCUAUCCUGUGUGAACAGUGCCUUCCGCUGCCACUGGUGUAAAUAUCGCAACCUGUGCACUCACGACCCUACCAGCUGCUCCUUUCAGGAAGGCCGAGUCAAUGUCUCUGAGGACUGCCCACAACUUGUACCCUCGGAGGAAGUCCUCAUCCAUGUAGGAGAGGUAAAGCCCAUCACUCUGAAAGCUCGAAAUCUGCCCCAGCCUCAGUCAGGUCAGCGUGGCUACGAGUGCGUGCUGGACAUCCAAGGGGUCAGCCACCGGGUUCCUGCACUUCGGUUUAAUAGCUCAAGUGUGCAGUGCCAGAAUAGCUCGUAUAUUUAUGAUGGGAUGGACAUCAGCGAUUUGGCAGUGAAUUUCUCAGUGGUGUGGAAUGGAAAUUUCAUCAUUGACAAUCCAGAAAGCAUUAAAGUUCAUCUCUACAAAUGUGCAGCCCAACGAGAAAGCUGUGGCCUCUGCCUGAAGGCCGAGCGCAAGUUUGAAUGUGGCUGGUGCAGUGGAGAGAGUCGCUGUACUCUGCGGCAGCACUGUGCCCCCUUCAUCAACCAGUGGUUGGACCUGUCGAGCAAGAACGUCAAGUGCACCAACCCUCGCAUCACAGAGGUGACACCUUUGGCUGGCCCUCCGGAAGGAGGAACACGGGUUACCAUCCAUGGAGUCAACUUGGGCCUUGACUUCUCAGAAAUUGUCAACCACGUCCAAGUAGCUGGCGUCCCCUGCACUCCAAUGCGGGAGGGCUAUAUUGUGGCUGAACAGAUCGUAUGUGAAAUGGACCAAGCCCAGCCACAUUUCCAUUCUGGCCCUGUGCAGCUCUGCAUUGGGGAAUGCAAGCCAGAACUGAAAGCCAGAUCUGUGCAGCUGUACACCUUUGUGGGUCCAUCAGUGGAAGGUCUGUCUCCCAGUCGAGGACCGGAGUCUGGAGGAACAAAAGUUACCAUUUUUGGACAAAAUCUGGGCGCAGGCAGCAGUGUUUCUGUUCUCUUUGGAAAUCAGACCUGCGAGUUUUACGAACGGACACUGACUGAGAUUGUGUGCUGUUCUGCACCUUCACUGACAGGCGUUGGCCCAGUCCGCAUCACGGUGAGCGUGGAUCGUGCUCAAGUGGAGGAGAGUCUGCAGUUUGAGUACAUUGAAGACCCCAUGGUAGUGCGUAUCGAACCUGAGUGGAGCAUUGCAAGUGGACAUACCCCACUGACUGUGACAGGGACAAAUCUAGAUGUCAUCCAGGAGCCCCGGAUCCGGAUCAAAUACAACGGGCAUGAGUCGGUCAAUGUGUGUCGAGUUCUCAAUGGGACAACCAUGUCAUGUAUGGCCCCUCCACUGACCACUGAGUACCGACCUGGACUGGAUGCCGUGGAGCGCACUGAUGAGUUUGGGUUCAUCUUCAACAACGUGCAGGCACUGCUCAUCUACAACAACACCAAUUUCAUCUACUAUCCCAACCCCACCAUUGACCCACUCAGUGCCACUGGGGUAUUGGAACAAAAACCCGGCUCACCGAUCAUCCUGAAGGGAAAGAACUUAUUGCCACCCGCCUCUGGGGGUGCAAAACUGAACUACACAGUUUUGAUUGGGGACAGGCCAUGCUCCGUCACAGUAUCUGAAACCCAGCUACUGUGUGAGCCCCCAAAUCUGACGGGACAGCAUAAGGUUGUGGUCCAAGUUGGAGGCUUACAGGUUUCCCCAGGAUCCGUGCACAUCCUCUCAGACAGCCUGCUGACCCUGCCAGCCAUUGUGAGCAUUGCUGCUGGUGGGGGGCUCCUCCUUCUCAUUGUCAUCAUGGUCCUCAUUGCCUACAAGCGCAAAUCCCGUGAGAAUGACCUCACCUUGAAGAGGCUGCAGAUGCAGAUGGACAACCUUGAAUCGCGGGUGGCACUGGAGUGCAAGGAAGCCUUUGCAGAGCUGCAGACAGACAUUAAUGAACUCACCAGUGACCUUGACCGGGCAGGAAUCCCACAUCUUGACUACCGUACCUAUGCCAUGCGGGUUCUGUUCCCGGGCAUUGAAGACCAUCCGGUGCUGCGGGAGCUUGAGGUUCCAGGGAAUGGCCAGCAAAAUGUGGAGAAAGCCCUCAAAAUGUUUGCACAGCUUAUUAAUAACAAGGUCUUCUUGCUAACCUUCAUCCGCACCCUGGAGCUCCAGCGCAGCUUCUCCAUGCGGGAUCGGGGAAAUGUGGCAUCCCUCAUCAUGACUGCUCUGCAGGGCAAACUGGAAUAUGCCACUGAUGUGCUGAAGCAUCUGCUUUCUGACCUCAUCGACAAAAACCUAGAAAGCAAGAACCAUCCGAAGCUGUUGCUGCGCAGAUCCCCCAUCCUGACUUUGACUGUGGGCACCAACUCGUGUAGUAAAGAGAGAGUACAGGCGGUGGAUGGAAUGAGUGCAUCAGGCUUAACACCUCACUACGGGAGCCCUUUGCAUGCCUUGGUUAUGCUCUCCUCCACAUGGACCGAAUCUGUUGCAGAAAAAAUGCUGACCAAUUGGUUUGCCUUCUUGCUCCAUAAAUUUCUAAAGGAAUGCGCAGGUGAACCCCUCUUCAUGCUUUACUGUGCGAUCAAGCAGCAGAUGGAGAAAGGACCAAUCGAUGCCAUUACUGGGGAGGCCCGCUACUCUCUGAGUGAGGACAAGCUCAUCCGGCAGCAGAUCGAAUACAAGACUUUGAUCCUUAACUGUGUGAAUCCAGACAAUGAAAACAGUCCCGAGAUUCCAGUCAAGGUUUUAAAUUGUGACACCAUCACACAAGUCAAGGAAAAGAUUCUCGAUGCUGUCUAUAAGAAUGUGCCAUACUCCCAGCGCCCACGGGCUGUUGACAUGGACCUCGAAUGGAGACAGGGUCGCAUGGCCCGUGUGGUGCUACAGGAUGAAGACAUCACAACUAAGAUUGAGAAUGACUGGAAGCGGCUUAACACACUAAUGCACUACCAGGUGUCAGAUCGCUCUGUGGUGGCACUGGUCCCCAAGCAGACCUCCUCAUAUAACAUCCCUCCUUCCACCAGCUUGUCACGCACCUCCAUCAGUCGAUAUGCAGACUCCACAUUCAGGUACACGGGCAGCCCUGAUAGCCUGCGCUCCCGUGCACCGAUGAUCACGCCUGAUCUGGAGAGUGGCGUCAAGGUGUGGCACCUGGUCAAGAAUCAUGAGCAUGGAGACCAGAAAGAAGGUGACAGAGGCAGCAAGAUGGUUUCAGAAAUCUACCUAACCCGCCUGCUUGCUACCAAGGGUACACUGCAGAAGUUUGUGGACGACCUCUUCGAGACGCUCUUCAGCACCGUCCACCGAGGGAGUGCCCUGCCUCUCGCUAUCAAGUACAUGUUUGACUUCCUGGAUGAGCAAGCAGACAAACACGGCAUCUACGACACCGACGUGCGGCAUACUUGGAAAAGCAACUGUCUGCCACUAAGGUUUUGGGUGAAUGUAAUCAAGAAUCCACAGUUUGUCUUUGACAUCCACAAGAGCAGCAUUACGGACGCCUGCCUGUCAGUGGUGGCCCAAACGUUCAUGGACUCCUGCUCUACGUCUGAGCACCGCCUUGGGAAAGACUCACCGUCCAACAAGCUGCUGUAUGCCAAGGAUAUCCCCAACUACAAGAGCUGGGUGGAGAGGUACUACGCUGAUAUUGCCAGGCUGCCAGCCAUCAGCGACCAAGACAUGAACGCCUACCUCGCAGAACAAGCGCGUCUACACUCCUCGGAGUUCAACAUGCUGAGUGCGCUGAACGAGAUUUAUUCUUAUGUCAGCAAGUACAGUGAAGAGAUAACGGCGGCCCUGGAGUUGGAUGAACAAGCACGACGGCAGCGGCUGGCGUAUAAAGUGGAGCAGCUCAUCGGUGCCAUGUCAGUGGAGAGCUGAGGACAAAUUAGGGGGGCAAGAAAGAGAAAAAGAGAAACGAAAACCCCUGAAACACAAAGAAACCAAAUCAUCCAAAAACGGACAAAUGCCAGAGAGAGAGUUUUGGAAAAGAGGAUAGCAGCUUCUUGAAGCUGCGCCAGGCAGGCUGCCACUUUGGAGACCCCUGUCUCCCCCCCCCACCACUACCACCCCAUAUCUGGACCUGAGGAGAGGGGGUGAUGAACCCAACGAAAGCGGGGCCUGCCUUGCCGGAAACGUUGCAUGGGAAUCAAGACGUGUAUAUUCUUGAAGCCGAGUGUAGUGGAUUAGCUUGCAUUUUUGAUUUUUGAUUUUCGCGGCGUCAGAGCGGGUGCACUCACUUCUUUCACACUCUUCCCAGUUAAUUCAAGCGGCCCACUGGUGAACUAAGCAGCAGCCUGCUGUGCCUGCCGUGUCCACUCGCACAACUUUGCACAUGAAGCUGUUUUCUCAUCCGAGGAAUGGCCUGCCGUAUCAGAGGCAGCGAAGGCGCACCGAGCAGACGAGGACCCCCGGUUUUAUUUGUCUUCGGUAUGCGUGAGUGUAGAGACGUGCGUCUUUAAAGAGGCGAUUUGGUUUUUUACUAAGGUCCUACAGGAAGAGGCAUUUCGCCCCGUCUCCUUACCUCCAUGGAGCUUUUCUGCCAGCCGACAUGGAGACGAGUCCCAAACCCCAGUGCCACCUGCCCUGCCCUCAUCGGGGGGCUCCGAUGUUCAGAGUCACUUGGCACUUAAAAUACCUGCAGACACCGCGGAAUAAAUGGAAAGAAGAAUUCACGCCAACCUGGGGGGAGGCGAAGGAGCAGCCAUGGGAGCUUCUGCCGGUUUUGGAGGUCCCUGUUGCUCCCCCUUCUCUUCCCACGUCCCAUUCCCCCCGAAAGGACUCUGCCAGUUUGUGGCGCGCUUGCCAGAGAGAAGGCUGGGGACGUGUCACAACCUGGAGCAUGGUACCAACGUGGCAAAGACUGCUGGGAGCAACAAAGAGAGUCUGCCACUGACGAGGGGCAAGGAGCUCCGGGGGGCAGUCGAGGAAAAGAGAAGAUGGCACUGAUAUCACAACACAUAGUGUUCGACCUUCAGUGUUUACACCAAAUGAUACUUGAAGAAGUCCUUUUAUUUAAUGUUAUUUAUUUAUGUCUAUUUAUGAUGAGCGGCGGCCCCCCGUGUGGGUCGAGUCGUGUCGCGCCCGCCGCACUUCCACGCUUGUUCCCUUUGCGCCCGCACGUGCAUUUCGUCGACAUUCCUGCUGCUUUUCUAACCAUCAAAGUCCCGCUCCAGAAAUGAAAGAAGAAGGUCAAUAUGGCCUCGUACCUUACAGGCAGGCACUGCACGGGGGGCUGGCGGUGCCCGUUUGAAGACGCCGUUGGCCUCGGAUUCCUGCUUGCGCUUUGAAGCAGAACUUUGAUCUUGGAGUGACGUGCAGUGCAGCGUGUGAUCAGGAGAAGCAAAAAGGGCCCAGAGGCACGGCGCGUGGCACACGACAUGUGACCAGGGUGGGCAGGCCCUCACAUGGUGCUGUCUGGGGUCCGCCACCUGCCUGGACUGGGCAAAUGGUACCCUCCUGAUGCCCACCUGCUUGCCCUCACAGAGCAAAAGAUUUAAAGCCAAAAAUGAUCUGAUAAAAAGGGAACAAGCCGAGGGCGGACCACCGGAGAUGAGGUGCCAGCGAGCGCAGCAGAGAGACGCCGUGUGCCCCCCGCCGCUCUUUGCUUGCUUUUUAACUUCAGAUUUUUGAUUGUUUUUCCUGUUUUGUCUCAUUAGUGACCUCAACAAAGAAAAAAAAAAGGGGUCUAAACACACAAACACUGGGGCUGCUGGCUGGCGCUUGUGCUUUGUUGAGGGGUCUUGAGUUUGUUUGUUUGUUUGUUUGUUUGUUUGUUUGUUUUUUCACCCCCCACUCUCGUCACACGCUGACCACCUUUGGCUGCGAGGCCAUCCAGCUUUGUUUGGCGUGUCCACGCCAUGCUUUAAACCUGGGCGCGCUGGCAUCCUCCUUCACCUCAGAAGAUGCCCGGGCCGUAACACCCACAGCUGCCCGUGGACCACCCGGCUGGAUGUCAGUUUCCUCGCCGUCCGUUUUCAGCACUGGAACUCUCCCUUGUCGUCCUCAACGAAUGCAAACUGAAUAAAGUGUACAGAAAAAAUAAUAAUAAUAAUAAUAAUAAUACUAAUAAAUCCCUGCAAUGGCUGUCUGUUCAUGUUGUUUUCUAAAGGUGUCGUGAAAACUGUAAGAAAAGGUAAAGUAUUUAAAAACAAAAAGACUUCAAUUCCAAAACACACGUUGUCGUUUAUUCUAGGGUUUUGGUUACCAUAAUAUAUUAUCGUGUACCUAUUGUAAAUAUGAAGCACUCCUAUUUUGCAAGCCAAGGACUCACUUUGUACUGUUGUUAUAUAUAAAUAAACUUUACUGUUU